AUGGCAAAAAGGUUCGAUUACUUAAAAUAAUCAGGAGAAGCUCAAAUGAGAAGCAAGUCACCUUUUUAAAUGCCGUAAACAAGACAGGUGCAGUUUAGCUAAUAUUCAACAGAAUCUAAAUCUCUCAACUCUUCAAUGAUUCAAAAUAACAAAUCUCAAUAUAACACACCAAAAAGAGAAAAGUUAAACAGUUUCAUUCAAAUGAGUGCCACUUAACAAAUAGAUGAUGAUUUGAGUUACUUUAAAUCGAAAUUCGCUAGAUAUCCCUAAGCUGUAAAGCUGCUAAAAGAAAUAGGUUUUAAAUAAGGUUCAAAUACUUAAUCAUAUGUAUUUGGUUACGAUUAGACCUUUCCCAAAAUGAUAAUUGCUAAAGAACUUUUAAUGUCAAGAGUAAUUAAAAGCCAUGAGGAAGCAGCAGUAUUUGUAAGACAAACAUUUUCAGAUUAAAUCAGUAAAGCAGAUUUAUGCGAUGCUAAUAGUGAAUACUCAAAAAUUGCAAGAAAUCUCAUACCAAUUGAUAUCAUGCAAGCUAAAGGUAUUAGAAAGAAUACCAAUGGUAGGCUUACAAAGAUAGAUGAUGCUAUUUAUAUGAUGAUAGAAAGAGAAGCUUUUAAACAGUAGAAUUCGAUUACUGAUAUUGAGGAUAUGGAUAAUAUGAUAUAUAGAGGAUUACUAAAUAGAGAAAAGGUUUAAAAAUUUUGGUAAUGCAUAUCGGAGCUUAUGAUGGAAAGAAUAUCUCGUAAGCCAUUUAAAAAGAGAGCAUUUGUUAAAGAUGAGGACAUUUAGCAUUAUUGCAGCUUAGAAGACCCAUAAAUAGAUAUAGAUAAUCUAAGCAAUGAGUGUAGAAUAAGAAUUGAGAAUAUAGAAGAACUUAUUGAACUUAAGACAAGAAUGAAGGUUGAUAGGAAAAAUGGAAAAUAGCUUGAAUUAGAAUAUCUUUAAAAAGCAUAAGAUCGGAUAUGGGAUCCUAAGACUUGGUUCUUUUAAAAGCAACUAGUAGACGACUUUGUUCUCUAUACAAUGAUUAAUAACAUUUGCCAUGAUAAUAAUAUAGAAAUGGCUUUCAACUUAAGGGCUACAUUCAGAAAUUUUAUAAUGGACUCAAAUCUACCAGACUUGAACUAGAGUCAAUAAUAGUAGGAUAGAAGUAGUAAACUUUUAAUGAUCAAAGAAGGAGACAGGCCUUUAACAAUAUAAUAGCAAUACGAAUAAAAAGAAUCAGAUAAAGGCAUGAUUGAGAAAGUAUUCGGUUCAAUUUUCCAUGAUGAAUGGAAAUUCCUUUAUUUAAGCAUGUCUCCAAUAAUUAUUCAUUCUUGUGUCCUUAAUGACCAUUUCGAUAAAUUAAUGGAUGGACUCCACUUCAUUAACGGGGCUUUCCUCGACUCUAAAGACAAGGAAGGAAGAACUCCUAUUGAACUAGCUAUACUAAAUACUCAUAUUUAAGAUGAAAAUUCAUGCACAGCAAUAUUGCUUAAUCAUAAAUCACCUUUAUCUGAGUAACUCUGGUCGUAACUACUGAUAUUUUCACUUGAUAAGGAUCUAGAAAUAUACCCUAAUUGCUCAGCUAAAAAGAUCAUAAAACUUUUGGGAGAACUAUUUGGCACCCAAAAUAUGAGAAGAAUAGGUCUGACUCCUGAUUCUAGAAAAAUGACUGCGAUUGACUAUGCUAAGACAUCUGAAGACUAAGAACUUAUAGAUCUUGUCUCAGUUGUAAUGGGUGAAUAAAUACUGAGAGAUCGACCAAAAUCAUUACAAGAACUUGAGGGAGAAUCUAGGAUUAAUGGAUUAAAUUACCUUUUAUCAGAUCCCUUCAAAGACAAAAACAUCGAUAAAAUGGCAAUAACAAUGAAGGAGCGGGAAAAAGAAAUUUUUAAUAGACAAACACAGCCAGAUCAUGUAAAUUUGCUACCCAAAAAUUAUCUUGAGCAAAAAAGGAAUGAAAAUAUUAAAAGAGAUGCUGAGACGAAAAAACUGAUAUUAGAAAUGGAAUUAGAACAAUAAAAGAUAAAGUAAAUAGAGCAAUAGAAAGAAUUCGAUGCAAAUCUCAAGAAGUUUUAACUAGAGAUGGAAUCAUAACACAAAGUCCAACUUGAUAUGGCGAAUAAAGUCAUGAAUCAAAAGGAGAAAUAGAUUGAUCAACUUAAGAAUCUUUUAGACCUUCAAAGAAACUAGAUGAUGUAGCUCCAAGAAUAAUUUCAAGAUUUGCAAACAAUUAAAGAUAGGCAAUCGAGAAUGGAAGAGUAAAAGGAACUUCAAGAUUAACUACUGAGGGAGUAGAAUGAUAAAUCUCAAAGUUUAAAUUCAUCCUAGAUUCUAUCAAACAGAUAAACCAAAAAAGAAUCAGAUUUUAAUGAUCCUUUCAAGGAUAAUGAAAAGUUAAGCCAAGCAUAUUCAACUGUCAAGAAGAAUCUCAAGGAUGUUAAAUAAUAAGUCAAAUAAUCUCAAAGUUAGAUAGAUUUACUUGAAAGAGAAAGAGAGGCGUUUAAGCAUAAAAACUCUAAAGCUUGUAAUAUAUUUUGA